AAAGAAGCCCUACAAUGUGAAGAGGCAAGCAGCGGUAGGGCUUAAAGCAGAGUCUGUGUUGCAAACAAAAACAGGAAAUCUGAAGGAGUUCUACACUUUGGGAAGGAAGCUUGGGAAUGGGCAAUUUGGGACUACAUUUCAUUGUGUGGAGAAGGACACAGGGAAAGGGUAUGCUUGCAAGUCAAUAGCCAAGAGGAAAUUGGUAACAGAGGAAGAUGUGGAGGAUGUGAGGAGGGAGAUUCGGAUAAUGCAUCACUUGGCAGGCUGUCCUGAUGUGAUAUCCAUAAAAGGAGCUUAUGAGGAUGCCCUGGCUGUUCAUGUUGUGAUGGAGCUAUGUGCAGGUGGUGAGUUGUUUGACAGGAUUGUACAGAGAGGGCAUUACACUGAGAGAAAAGCAGCUCAAAUAGCCAGGACUGUAGUUGGUGUCAUUGAAGCUUGUCACUCACUGGGAGUAAUGCAUCGCGAUCUUAAGCCCGAAAAUUUUCUCUUCACUAAUGAUCAGGAGGAUUCUCCCCUUAAGGCUAUCGAUUUUGGCUUGUCUGCUUUCUUCAAACCAGGGGAUAUAUUUAAUGACGUGGUGGGUAGCCCAUACUACGUUGCACCAGAAGUCCUAAAGAAGCGUUAUGGUCCAGAAGCUGAUGUGUGGAGUGCUGGUGUAAUCAUAUUCAUUCUGUUAAGUGGGGUGCCUCCGUUUUGGGCUGAAACGGAGAAAGAGAUAUUUAGCGAAGUAUUGCACGGUGAACUUGAUUUCAAGUCAGAUCCCUGGCCUAAGAUUUCUGAGAGUGCAAAGGACUUGGUCAGGAAGAUGCUCGAUAGAGAUCCUAGCAAGAGAUUAACAGCCCACGAAGUUCUCUGUCAUCCUUGGAUUCGAGUUGAUGGAGCAGCUCCUGAUAAGCCUCUUGACCCUGCAGUUCUGACUCGCCUGAAGCAGUUUUCUGCAAUGAACAAGCUCAAAAAAAUGGCUCUUAGAAUUAUUGCCCAGAACCUAUCCGAGGAAGAAAUUGCAGGGUUGAAAGAAAUGUUUAAAAUGAUAGAUACAGACAAUAGUGGUCAAAUUACUUUUGAAGAACUCAAGGCUGGAUUGAAAGCCUUCGGAGCUAACAUCGAUGAAUCUGAGAUUCACAAUCUAAUGCAAGCGGUAAGUAACUGGAAAAAUCUUGCCUUGAAACAAAAAACACCAUAUCGUCAAAUAAUAUUACAGGCAGACGUUGACAAUAGUGGCACAAUAGACUACGCAGAAUUCAUAGCAGCAACCUUGAAUCUCAACAAAGCUGAGAAAGAAGACAACUUAGUCGCUGCCUUCCGUUAUUUUGACAAAGACGGAAGUGGCUACAUCACCCAAGACGAGCUUCAACAAGUUUGUGAAGAAAUUGGUCUGGAGAAUGUUCGCUGGGAGGAGAUCAUGCGUGAGGCUGAUCAAGAUAAUGAUGGCCGAAUAGACUACAAUGAAUUUGUGGCAAUGAUGCAGAUAGACAAUGCAGAUAUGGUAAAGAAGGGCAUAAGGCGGAAAUAAGAAUAGUAUUAGCGUUGCAGGUAGAGAGAGGCAUUGUCAUCAGUCUGCUAAGACAUACAGUGGAUGAUUCUCUUCUUUUUCUUCUUCUCCUUUCAUGGGGUUUGCCCUUGAAUGUAAAUUAUGGAAGGGAAAGAUAGCUCUUUUACUGUAGGUUUUGAUUACCUGGAAUCGCAUUAGAGCUAGAAAUUUAAUGCAGAGAAGUGCA